CUGAUUAAAUGCAUAUGAUUGCUCUGCAUGAGCACUAUUCCUCAAACUCUGUUCACAUAUAAUAUUGUAGUAUUUCAGGACGAUAAAGCUUCUGUGCACACAGCUAAACACAUUCAAGAAAGGCUUCAUGACCACCAGAGUGAAAUCAAAUACUACUGAACUUUCAUGACAUUUCUGGCACUUUUGAUGUGACCUCAGAACUCAACCACAUCACAGGACCUUUGAAGCUUCCAGCAGUGUGUGUGUGUGUGUGUCCGUCUGUGCGGGAGGAUGGAGGGGUUCAACAUCCCAUUGAGAUAUAAAUGCCUCCAAAAUCUGGACACCUGCUCUUCCUCACUGAAACAAGAACAUUUGAGCUCUACACAAAAAACAAAUGGACUCUUGAGGUUGAAGUCUAAGGUUGAGCAGCAGUGAUGGACGUAUACUGCAGUAAUAACGUUCUUCAGGCCAGGAGAACCGUGGAGCAGCUGAGACUGGAGACAGAACUACAGAGAAUCAAGAUUUCGGCAGCAGCAGAGCAGAUUGUUCAGUACUGUCAGGAACACAGGAGAGCCGAUCCGCUGCUCACCGGGAUCGCCGCGUCCUCCAACCCGUUCAAAGACAAGAAGACAUGUGUGCUGCUGUGAGCAGCGCC